AUGCAGAUGAAGAAUUUGAGUGAAGAGAUCAAACAUAUGUUGAGUUCAAUGGGAGAUGGAAGGUCAAGUGUAUCACCUUAUGACACAGCUUGGGUUUCAUUUAUUCAAGAUUAUACUAAUACUACUAAUAUUAAUGGAAUUAUUACAAGUAAGAGGCCACUAUUUCCAUCUUGUCUUCAAUGGAUUGUUGACAAUCAACUUGCUGAUGGUUCAUGGGGAGAAGAGCUUGUAUUUUGCAUAUAUGAUAGGCUCUUGAACACGCUAGCAUGUGUGGUUGCAUUGACCUUAUGGAACACUUGCCUUCCAAAAAGAAACAAAGGAGUGAUGUUUAUCAAAGAGAACUUAAGAAAGCUAGAGACAGGAGAAAUUGAAAACAUGACUUGUGGAUUUGAAUUCGUGUUUCCUGCACUACUUGAGAAAGCUCAACAAUUGGACAUUGACAUUCCAUAUGAUGCACUUGUCUUAAAGGAUAUUUAUGCAAGGAGAGAAGUAAAGUUUACAAGAAUACCUAAAGAUGUCAUCCAUACCAUUCCAACAACAAUGUUGUUUUCAUUAGAAGGAUUAAGGAACUUGGACUGGCCAAGGCUUUUGAAGCUUCAAAUGGAGGAUGGCUCAUUCUUAACAUGUCCUUCAUCUACUGCCAUUGCAUUUAUGGAAACAAAUGAUGAUAAGUGCUUCAAAUUUCUUAAAAAUGUUGUUGAAAAGUGCAAUGGAGGAGUGCCAGGUAGUUACCCAACUGAUAUACAAGCACGUCUUUGGGCAAUUGAUCGAUUACAACGCCUAGGAAUCUCUUAUUAUUUUGUGGAAGAAAUAAAGAGCCUUUUAGAUCAUGUGUUCAGAUAUUGGAACAAGGAGAUUGGAUUUUUUUCAGCAAGGAAUUCAAACCUUUGUGAUGUUGAUAAUACCUGCAUGGCUAUUAGGUUACUGAGGCUACAUGGAUUUGAUGUUAGUCCAGAUGUGCUAAACAAAUUCAAAGAUGGUGAUCAAUUCUUUUGCCUAAGAGGUGAAUUGAACAAGUCACUAACAGCUAUGCUUAAUCUCUAUAGAUGUUCUCAAGCUUUAUUCCCAGGAGAAAAGAUUCUUGAAGAGGCAAAGAAUUUUUCAUACAAUUUCUUGCAACAAUGUCUUGCAAACAAUCAAUCCACAGACAAAUGGGUUAUAGCUAAGGACAUCCCUGGGGAGUGGAAAAAGUGGUUGAGGUCAUUGAUGGAGGAAAAUAUUAUUACAAGCCAAGAAGGAGCAGAGUUGCUAGUGCACACAAUUAAUCUUUCGGCUGGCCAUAUGACAUGUGAUGAGAUACUAUCCAAGCACACCAAUGAAGUAUGUAGUAUGCUUAAUGAUCUCCAAAAGGACCAGGGGACUGGAAGCUCAAAGACCACAGACAUUGAAUUCCCCAUGCAAGCCCUUGUAAAGUUGGUGUUCACUAACAACUCAGGCAGCAGUAAUCAAGACAUUAAUCAAACAUAUUUUGCAGUUGUUAAGACUUUCUAUUACGCUGCACAUGUUAGUGAGGAAGUACUCAAUCAUCACAUAUCCAAAGUGCUUUUUCAGCAAGCCUAG